AUGGCUGAAUCUGAAUCUAAACCUCUCCGAUAUGUCGAUAUCGGUAUCAACCUAAGUGACCCCAUGUUCCGUGGUCACUACCAUGGCAAACAGUCCCACGAAGACGAUUCAGACGAUGUUAUCCAGCGCGCCAAAGAUGUUGGAUGUUCCAAAUUUAUGGUAACAGGCUCCGAUCUCGAAGAAUCAAAGCAUGCCGUGCAAAUCGCCAGCAAAUACCCUGGUUUCUGCUAUGCAACCGUUGGUGUGCAUCCAUGCCAAGCAAAACUCUUUGACGAAUACCCUGGUGGCCCAUCAAAAAUGCUAGAGGAGCUCCGCGUUCUAGCGACAGAAUCACAGCAAGCCGGUCACGCUGUUGCCUUCGGUGAAAUUGGUCUGGACUACGACCGUCUGUUUUUGAGUCCUAAAGAGCCCCAGCUCAAGUAUUUCGAAGCCCAACUAGAUCUGGCUGUCGAGAUUCAAAUGCCACUCUUCCUCCAUUCUCGCGCUGCAAGCGAGGACUUCGAAAGGCUUCUUGCUCCUAGACUUGCUAAGCUUCCGAAGCGCGGGCUUGUGCAUAGCUUCACGGGGACAAUGGAAGAGAUGAAUCGGAUGGUUGCGUUAGGUUUGGACGUUGGCGUUAACGGGUGCAGUAUGAAGACUGAGGAGAAUUUGGAAGUUGUCAAAGCUAUUCCGCUUGACAGGCUUCAAAUUGAAACUGACGGCCCUUGGUGUGAAAUUCGUCCUUCUCAUGCGUCCGCGAAGCACCUCAACGGCGCACCUGAUCUACCCAAGGCGGUUAAGAAGGAGAAAUGGCAAAAGGGAUGUAUGGUGAAGGGACGCAAUGAGCCCGUUGCUAUCGCUCGCGUUGCUCAUGUUAUUGCUAGCGUGAAGGGUAUUACUGUAGAGGAAGUUUGCGAAGCUGCUUGGAAUAACUCGAUCAGGAUGUUUGGACUGGGCGAAGAGUCGCCAUGA